AUGUGCGCCCUGCACAACGGGCUUCCGCUAGUGAUACAUAAAAACAGCACGGACAUCGAAGAUUGUAUCGAUCGAGUUAUGUUGCUUCUCUCGGCUGCCACAAAUAAACUUAAAUCAACAAAACAUCGCAAAGCGAAUUCAACAAAAGUCAUUUUAAAUGUCGUGAUACAACAGCAGACUCAAAAACUUUAA